AAAUAAAAUUCAUAUUAUCUUUUCUUCGUUAUCAACUCGAUUGGGCUGGAAACACUCUCUGAUGGGAUUACGCAUUCUCAAAACAACUCCCCUCGCUUCCUCCAGAGCCGUCCUUCUCGCCACAGCUCCGGCGACGGCGGCGGCUAAGCCCUCAAAUCUCUGUAGACUCAUUUAUUCCCAUUCAGAAACUGCACCCAAUUUUCUUCUUCAAAAUACCCACUUGGGAUUCUCAAUUUCCCCAGCAAAGCCCUUCCGACAUUCCGUUUCUGCAUCUGGGUUUGGCUGUUCCUUUCACCAAAGCAACCGUAGGUUCCGUGGGAGUGUUGUUGUGGCCAUGGUAGCUCCUGGGUCGGUCCAGAAAUCGGAGGAGGAGUGGCGUGCGAUUCUCUCUCCUGAGCAAUUCCAGAUUUUGAGGCAAAAGGGCACAGAGUAUCCUGGCACUGGAGAAUAUGACAAGUUCUUCGGUGAGGGUGUGUAUGAAUGUGCAGGAUGUGGAACUCCCCUCUAUAGGUCUACUACCAAAUUUAACUCUGGUUGUGGUUGGCCAGCUUUCUAUGAGGGUCUUCCUGGAGCCAUUAAUCGCACGCCUGAUCCGGAUGGAAGGAGGACUGAAAUCACUUGUGCAGCUUGUGGUGGACACCUAGGCCAUGUAUUUAAAGGCGAAGGAUUUCCAACACCUACCAAUGAACGCCAUUGUGUCAACAGUAUAUCACUUAAGUUUGCUCCUGCAAAUUCUUCCGAGUAAAUUCUCUUUAAAGUAUGAAAUGUUAGUAUGAGGUUCAAAAUUAUCUAAUGUCACAUGAAUAUUAGCUCUGUCAUAUUAGACUCUGUUCCACUCCAUUCAACUUUUCAAUAAUAUGCUACCUUGUAUCAAAUAUUUACAUGUUCUUACCUUUUGGAGUUAUUAAUCUUUGUAUAAAGUUCUUGAUUUGAA